ACCCUUUCUGCAAGACUCCUUCUACCGGAAUGCAGGAACGCGCUUCUGCGGGGAGGAGGAGGGAUGACGCGGUCUGCGUGCGGUCAGCGUUUCUCAGCCAAGCCAUGUCCAAAAGCCUGAAGAAGAAGAGCCACUGGACCAACAAAGUCCACGAGAGUGUCCUGAGCAGGACCAGGGAGGGGGAGCUGAGGUUCGAGCUGAGGGGGGGCGCGGAGCUCGGCCAGUUCCCCGUCCUGGGAGGAGAGGGGACCGGCGGGACCCGGGGUGAGCUCCUGCUGGAGGUCAACGACACCCCUGUUGUCGGGCUCACCACCCGGGACGUCCAAGCCGUGGUCCGGCACUGCAGGGACCCCGUCCGGCUGAAGUGCGUGAAGCAAGGGGGCGUCAUCGACCAGGACCUGCGUCGCUACCUGAACCUGCGCUUCCAGAAGAACUCAGUGGACCACGAGCUGCAGCAGAUCAUCAGGGACAACCUCUACCUACGCACCGUCCCCUGUACAACCCGGCAGCCCAGGGAGGGAGAGGUGCCCGGGGUGGACUACGACUUCAUCACCAUUGAGCGCUUUCUGGAGCUGGAGGAGAGCGGGGCGCUGUUAGAGAGCGGGACGUAUGAAGAUAACCAUUACGGCACCCCCAAGCCCCCCACGGAGCCCAGCUCGGUGCUGAAUGUGACGGAGCAGCUGCUGCCCGGCUCCACUCCCAGCUCCCAGGGUAAGAGGAGGCGCAACAAGUCUGUCAGUAACAUGGAGAAGGCGGGCAUGGAACCCCCCGAGGAGGAGGAGGAGGAGGAGAGGCCCGUCGUCAACGGCAACGGCAACGGCAUAUCAGUCACCCCAGAAUCCAGUGAGCAUGAGGACCGGAGCACCGAUGCCUCCGGGGAGACCCCCCCUGGGCAGGGCGUCUUCUCCGCCACCCCCAACUCCAGCGGCCCCCUCCCCGCCGAGAUGAUGCCCCCAGAGCAGGAGGGACAGAUCCCCGACACAGAGACCGCCGCCGCCGUCGCCGCCGAGCCCCCCCCCAUCGACACCAUCCCCCUGCUGCCCCCCAAACCGGAGGACGACGAGGAGCUGGGACCCCUGCCCGACAACUGGGAGAUGGCGUACACGGAGAAGGGAGAGGUGUACUUCAUAGACCACAACACUAAGACGACCUCGUGGCUCGACCCUCGGCUGGCCAAGAAAGCCAAGCCGCCGGAGGAGUGCAAAGAGGACGAGCUUCCGUACGGCUGGGAGAAGAUUGAUGACCCCAUUUACGGCAGCUACUACGUGGACCACAUCAACAGGAGGACCCAGUUUGAGAACCCGGUCCUGGAGGCCAAGAGGAGGGUCCAGCAGCAGCAGCAGAUGCAGAGCCAGGGUCUCUCCUCCCUGCCCCUCCCCUCAAUCUACCGAGAGAAGCCCCUGUUCACCAGAGACCCCACCCAGCUGAAGGGCAGCUUCCUGUCCACGGCGCUCCAGAAGAGCAGCAUGGGCUUUGGCUUCACCAUCAUCGGGGGCGACGAGCCCGACGAGUUCCUGCAGGUGAAGAGCGUCAUCCCGGACGGCCCCGCCGCCGCCGACAGCAAGAUGGCCACCGGCGACGUCAUCGUGUACAUCAACGACGUGUGCGUGCUGGGCACCACGCACGCCGACGUGGUCAAGCUGUUCCAGUCGGUGCCCAUCGGCCAGAGCGUGACGCUGGUGCUCUGCCGGGGCUACCCGCUGCCCUACGACCCCGAGGACCCGGCCGCCGCCGCCGCCGCUGCCGCCGCCGCGCUCAUCUCCCCGCUGGGCAUCAUGGACCAGCGCCCCCUCAUGGUCAACGGCCGCUCCGGCUACGACAACUACCUGGACUACCUGUCGCGCACCACCCAGCGCUUCAUGGCCGACAACAACGGCGCCGGCCCCCCGCCCGACGCGCUGGGGGGCGGGGCCGGCGGGCCCCCGCUCCACCACCUGCUGGGGACGGGGGCGGGGCAACACCCGGGCGACACCCACCUGGACGGCUCGCUGCCGCCCACGGCCGGGACCACGCCCCCGGACAGCGUGUCGGUGGCGUCGUCGGGGGCGACGGCGCCGGGCGAGCUGCUGACGCUCACCAUGGUGAAGGGGGCGGAGGGCUUCGGGUUCACCAUUGCCGACGGGGCCUCGGGCCAGCGGGUGAAGCAGGUGCUGGAGCCCGGGGGCUGCCCGGGGCUGGCCGAGGGCGACCUGCUGGUGGAGAUCAACCAGCGCGCCGUGCAGGGCUUCGGCCACUCCCAGGUGGUGGAGCUGCUGAAGGAGUGCCCCGUGGGGGCGGAGACGGUGCUGGUGGUGCAAAGGGGCGGAGCAGGCCACUGCUCCCCCUGGAAGACGACGAAGCAGAUGCUGGACCAGUGGGAGCUGCAGCAGGGCCAGGCCAGCCCGGCUCUGACCCCCCCCUUCCCCCCCUACCUCCACCAGAGCCUCCACCUCCAGAGCCUCCAGGCCCAGCUCAGAGCCCCGCACCGGGCCCCCGAGGGCCCCCCGUCCGCCCAGACCGAGCCCUAUGACAUUUAUGAGUCGCCCAGGGCGCUCUAUGACAGUAGGCAGCCCAGACCGCCUCGGACCAGCUUCACUCUGGACUCCUCAGUGGAUUACCAGGACAUGGAGGUGCUGCUCCGCAGGGAGGCGUCAGGCUUUGGGUUCCGGGUGCUGGGGGGGGAUGAGGCGGGCCAGCCCGUGAGUCCCGCCACACGUGAGAAGAUCCUGAUCGGCGCCAUCAUCGAGAGCAGCCCGGCGGACCGGGACGGGCGGCUGCGGCCGGGCGACGAGCUCCUUCUGGUGGACGGCAUCCCCGUGGUGGGCAAGCCCCACCGCUACGUCAUCGACCUGAUGCACGCCGCCGCGCGCAACGGCCAGGUCAGCCUGGUGGUGCGGCGCCGGCUGCAGGGAAACUCCGGCGAGUCCGGUGCCGACAGCGCGGGCCGCAGCCCCACCUCGGCCUCCACGCUGCACAGCUCCCCGCCCAGCGGCCCCGGGGACUUCAGCUUCACCAACAACCUCGGUCCGCCCCCGCCCCCGCCCCCGGGGCCCCAGGGGCCCGGCUCCGGCCCCUCGGAGGAGGCCGGGCUGGCCAACACGCUGCCCAGUGACGUGGUCAUCAACCGCAAGGAGAGCGAGGGCUUCGGCUUCGUGAUCAUCAGCUCGCUGAACCGCCCCGAGGCGCCCGCCGCCGUCAGCGUACCCCAUAAGAUCGGCCGCAUCAUCGAGGGCAGCCCGGCGGACCGCUGCUGCCUGCUGAAGGUGGGCGACCGCAUCCUGGCGGUCAACGCCCGCUCCAUCGUGGACAUGCCCCACGCCGACAUCGUCAAGCUCAUCAAGGACGCCGGGCUCAGCGUCACGCUCACCAUCAUCCCCCAGGAAGACCCCGCUCCCCCCCCACCGGCCCCCAGCGGGGACCCCCAGAGUACCCCGACCCAGCAGAACAGCCCCCAGGCCGCGCCCCCGGCCGCGCCCGCCGCCUCCACGCCCGGCCCGGGCUCGGCCCAGUCCUGCAGCCCCGGGGGGCCGGAGGGGCCCUCGGCCCGGCCCCUGGCCCGCCAGCCCAGCCCCCUGGCCCACCACAGCCCCGCCAGCGGACCACCGGCCCCGCCCCCCGUGAACUACGGCCACGAGAACAGGUGUGUGCGUGUGUGUGUGUGUGUGUGUGUGUGUGUGUGUGUGUGUGUGUGUGUGUGUGUGUGUGUGUGUGUGUGUGUGUGUGUGUGCUAAGCUGAGUAUGUAAAGUAUGCGUAUGCAUUGUAUUGUAUCAUAUGCGUUGUAUGUUCAUUGUGCGUAUCGUAACGUUGUUGGCUCCCGUUCUCUUUCCCUCUCCUGCUCCCACACGUCCAUGUUAGCUUCCGGCUGUACCCUCCAUUUAGCUUUCCGUCUCUCUUCUGUCGCACCCUCGUCCCCCCGUCGACACACACACACAAACACACACACUCACUCACCUCCACACACACCCUCAACCAUCUACAACCACAAACACACACUCAUACACCCUCACCCACCGACACACAUUCCCAGUUUGUCGUACAACAUCACUUACCUCUUAUGGACCCCUGAAUUAUUCACCGAUAUUGCUUCUGCUUCCAGGUAUUUUAAAUAUUUCACCAACAUCCACAUGAGAGGUUGCACAGAUUCUCUCUCUCCCUCCUUCUCUCCCCCAUUUUCGUUAUUUUUUACCUUCCCUCUCUGCAGCCAAGUUAUUCCUGGAGUAAAAGAUUAACAUUUAAUGUGACUCCAAACCUUUUAAUGUAGCUUUCCCAGGGUCAGUCUGAGCUCCGU